GCGUUAAAACGGAGUGAAAUGUUUCGUGAUUCGUAAUCCAGUGUGAGCCUAAUAAGGCAUACGAAAAUAAUACAUGUGGGUGGAAAAUUUGUCCUCUCUCAAUAUAACUUGUAGACUCUAUACACUUUUUCAUCCCUCGUUUUGUAUUAUGAAUUACGAUUACGACGACGACGACACGACAACAACGAUGCUUAACUAAAUGAGAGAGACGUAGUAGAAGGUUUUGAGACGUUGAGACUAUGCGAGAGUAGAAUUUCACAUCUGUCUGUUAGACUUUUAUAGAAAAUUAGACAGUGGACAGCUCUCAAUGUGACGCGACCCAAUUAGCGAAAGGAUUAAAAUUAAAUUAAUUUCGUUGAAAAAAAAAAAAAAUUCAAUCAAGUGUACCCGAGAGAGAGAGACAAUCCGUCAGCAGUAACAGUGUUUGAAUUUUAAUUUUGAUUUUUUUUUUUGAUAUCAGGACGACGACGCACGCUUACGACGACGACAAUGAUAGACGACGAUAACAGCGAUUUGUUGGCAUCAGCUUCGGAAAUCCAACGAAAUCGACUGUAUUUUGUGGCCUUCAAAAAGAACUUUAAGCCAAAGAACACACCAAGUACGCAUUAUUUUAGCAUAGAUGAAGAUUUUGUCUACGAAAAUUUCUACAAUGACUUCGGUCCCCUAAAUAUAUGCAUGCUAUACCGUUACUGCCAGAAACUCAAUCGAAAAAUAACCUCAAAAUGGCAUUCAAAUAAAAAAAUCAUUCACUAUACAUCGAUGAAUCCGGCUAAAAGAUUAAAUGCAGCCUAUUUGAUUGGUUCGUAUGCAGUAAUUUAUCUAAAUAGGACACCAGAAGAAGCAUAUCGGCCGCUGGUAGCCGGCGAUAUACCAGCUUACACACGUUUCUGUGAUGCAUCCUAUGGCCCAUCGGGAUAUAAAAUAUCACUUAUCGAUUGUAUAAAUGCUGUAUACAAAGCUUUGAAGGCUGGUUUCUUCAAUUUCGAUGAUUUCGAUGCCGAAGAGUAUGAAUACUUUGAGCGAGUCGAAAAUGGUGACUUCAAUUGGAUUGUACCCGAAAAGUUUAUAGCUUUUUGCGGGCCACAUCAAAAAUCGAAAACUCUAUCGAAUGGUUAUCCGUGCCAUUCACCCGAAACAUAUUUUGAAUAUUUUCGGGAGAAUAAUGUGACAACGGUUAUUCGAUUGAAUGCUAAAGUCUAUCAUGCAUCGAGUUUUGAGAAUGCAGGAUUCGAUCAUAAGGAUUUGUUCUUCAUCGAUGGCAGUACGCCGAGUGAUUUGAUUUUGAAAAAGUUCCUUAAUAUAUGCGAAACAACUAAAGGUGCUAUUGCGGUGCAUUGCAAAGCUGGACUUGGCAGAACUGGUAGUUUAAUUGGUGCUUACAUUAUGAAACAUUAUAGUUUCACAGCUCUGGAAGCUAUAGCAUGGCUACGACUCUGUCGACCAGGGUCAGUUAUUGGCCAUCAACAACAAUGGAUGGAAGAUAAACAAGCUUGGCUAUUAACAGAAGGUGAACGUCAUCGAAAACGUUGGAAUACCGAACCACCCAAACACAAAUACGGCAUCUACUCAUUGAUUUUGAAUGGCAAAGCUAGCAAUCAACAAUUGAAUGAUAAUUCAGAAGUUCUACUCACAAGUCGAGUGAAAGGUAUCUCACAAAAAGUCGAUACAAUGCAUAUCAACGAUGAAGAGAAUGAAAACGGAAAUGUUCCCAAAAAGAAGGUGCUCACAACAAAACAUGUUGAAGAAGAUGAAUCGUCAAGUGGUGAUGAUGAUAAUAAUGACGAUGAAAAACCAUUGCAUCGUAGUAGUAAUGAUGUUGUUGACAACAAUAAACUUUCCAUAGAGCCUUUGUAUGCUGAAAAGAAAUUGAAAAAACCAUGUAGUAUUUUCGAGGCAGCUAAUAAGCAUACGAUAGCAUCGACGGUAAAGAUGACUCAGGCAGCUAUUGAUAAGAAAAAUGCCCAAACUCAAGGCGAUAAACUUAAUCAGAUUAAAGCAAUGCGCAGGCAGCAUAAUUCAAGAUCAGUCAAUGUACCUGGAACACUUGACUGUGAUAAUCCAGCUAGACAUACCCGUGCACGAUCGCAGCCAUUUAGAAAUAAUAAUGGCAAUAUUGUGAAUGUCUUGAGUAGUACAUCACUGUCGCCAUCACUCUUGAAGACCACAAUUGAUUGUAUUGAAACAACAACAACGCAUACAAAUCCUUCUUCGGUUGGUACAUUAACAACAAGUACUACAACUAGCUCUAUAAGCAGUACAAGAACCAAAGGUCUUGCGUUCUAUAGCAAGAGAAUGGGCCUAAUGCACAUGCGUAAAGCGGAAGCACAACAGAGUAAUAUCCCAUCAACAUCCUUCUCUAGUUCUACCAUCACUAACAGCACCUCAUCAUCGACCUCAACCACUAUUACCAAUACCAAUACCAAUAUCAAUACCAACACCAACACAUCCACAACAACAUCUUCUCUAGCUACUACUAAUAAUAAUCUAAAUAGUUCAAUGGCUGGGUCUGUCCAAAAUUCCAAUCAUCAUUAUCAUCAGCAACUGGAACACCAUCAUCAUGAUGUGACUGCACCAACCCUUAGUAGUUUGAAUAAACAGACCAAAACCCACAACAAUACCCUUCUAUCCUCGUCCAGUGUAAUGGCAUCGAUAACCGAGAGUAAAAUUCCAAUAGUUCGCGAUGUGGACAGUGGUGGAGGUGGCCCUGCUGGCGGAGGGGCAGUCAGCACUAAUAACAACAACAAUAACAACAACAACACUAAUUUAGUGCUUCCGGGUCGAUCAUCAUCGCGCCUUGGUCAUCAUUUGCAUCAUAUGACGUUGCGUGGCCGAUCACGAAUACGUUAUCGUACAUCGGCGCAUAGUGUUGAACAGCAACCAUCGGCGUCACAGACACCAACUUCAAGUUCAGCUGGUUCUGUAUUAGCUGCAGCUGCAGGUACAAGGUACAACUAUCGUGACAGCUCAACCACUGCCACUUGCGGCGGCGGCGGCGGUAACACCACUUCCUCAUCCUCAGUAUUAACUUCUGUCUGUGCUUCUUCUGGUGUUGGUGUUCAUGUUGAUCACAAUUCGAAUCCGAUCAGUGUUCCGCCAAUGACUGCUUUGACGGGGACAACGACGGGUGUAAGCCAGAAAUUGCUAAUCGAUGAUAACAAUCUCUCUUCUUCCAGCAAUAAUCAAAAAACGAACAUCAACAAUGGCGGAGGUGUUGUAUUGGAAUUGAAAGCUGCCAGCAGUAAUACUGGUGGUAUUUCUUCCACACAUUCUCAAUAUCAUUCAAACCUGCAUCAUUCACAUCAGCAUCAACAUCAUAAUCAUCAUCAACCAUCUGGCAUUCCGGUUAACAAUAAUAUAACCAAACGCAAUAAACGCUCUUUAAGCAGCACUCGAAUAGAAAAAGACAAGUGCGAUGAGUACAAUACAAAGUUGCUGCGCAAGACUGCCAAUCAAAGUGGAAGUAGCAAUAAUAAUCCCAAUUCAUCAUCAUCUGGAACGGGAACAACAACGUCCACCACUUCGUACCGAACUGGCGGUAAUUAUAAUCAUUCUCAUGGUGCCAUAUCAGUUUCGGCAUCAACAUCGCCAGCACCAUCAGUUGUAAAGAAUCCAUCAUUGGCCAGGCGACUUAUUGGACCUGGUUCAGUGAUGGAUUCUUUACUGCUGCAUGCUCAUUCGUCGGCUACUGCAGUGGCAGCAGCAGCGAAUGCAAGUAGUGGACGUAGUAGUACAAAUAGAUUUGUAGAAUCACAACAACCCGAUCCACCAUUGCGGCAGUCCCUAUCGCUGAAAUUACGUAAAAAGGUCAGUUAUUAGGGUCUAAGCGGCAUUGGGGCAUUUGGGGUCAUAGAGAAAAAGUAGGAUUUAUGACUACUUUAAUACAUUGUUGAUGUUUUGUUUAUUUGUAUUUGUUUGUUAAAAUGUAUUUUUUUUUUAUAUAAUAAUAUAUAAUUUAAGGGAAGGUAUUUGAAAAACCGUAACUGACUGAUUGUGAAAAAGAGACUGGUAACUCUAUCGAAAAAAUACAUAUUCAAUUAUUAUUUUUUUUUAAUUUCGAUUUUUAUUAGAAGUUUUUUAUACUUCUUAUUUUUCUUGGUGAAGGGAAUGUGCUCUUAAAUACAUAUGUAUUUAGCUGGGUGGGCUUUAACUGAUAAAAGGAAAAUAAGAUUUUUUUCCUAUUUGUUGGAAAUCAAGUAUCUGAAACGUAUUCUAUAAUUGAUAUACAAAUCCACAGAGUUGAUCUUUGCUGGCAAAUGCUGUUUAAAAAGUUUUUGAAUCUAUCAUUGAAACAUGUUAUUAUUUUUGUUUUAUAUGUAUACAUAGGUAAUUUUUAUCAAAUUAUGCAUUCGAAAAAAAUAAGUUGAGAUAACAAUCAGGCAUGACAUUAAGAUGAUAAAGAAUACAAAA